AUGGCAUCAGACGCGCCGCUCGUACUGCGUCCAGCCGAGACGCUGACAGCCCAGUGCUACUGCAAGUCGGUGCACUUCACCGUCACGGUCCCCACGUCUGCGCUGCCGCUGCCGGUGCACCUCUGCCACUGCCACAUCUGCCGCCACACGCACGGCACGCUCUGCACCUUCCACGCGCCUCUGCCCGCGGGCAUCUCGCCCGUCUUCAUCGCGCCGUCGUUCCUCGAGACUUCUCUCACAGGCUACACCCACUCGGACCAAGCGGCGUCGACGCGCUUCUUCUGCAAGACGUGCGGCUGCCACAUCGGCGACCGCGACCGCGAGGCCCCCGCCGACGGCACCGCGCCCGCGUGGCGCGUGGCGACGUCCAUCUUCGACACGCACGCCGCCUCCGUCUUCGACAUCCGCACCCACGUGUUCACGCCCCGCGACGGCGACGGCAGCGGCAGCGGCAGCGGCCUACACUGGUGGCUGCCAUCCAUCAACGGCCGCGCGGUGCGCACCUGGAACCCCGAGCCGGGUGACCCGACGUUCCCCAUCCCGGCCCCGGCACCGCCCGCGCGCGAGGUCGAUGCCCAAGGCCGCGAGCGCCUACGCGCCGAGUGCCACUGCGGCGGCGUUAGCUUCUCGCUGCCGCGGCCCGACGACGUGCAUGCCGACAUCGCCGCCAUGUCCACCGACAACAGAGAAAAGGGACUCAGCGCUUGGAACGCGGUCGUCGACGUGAGCGACGCCAGCCGGCUCGUGAGCGGCGCGCACGCCGUGGCCUGGGCGUCUGUGCCGCGCGCGGCGCUGGACCCGGCCGUGCCCGCGGAUCUAAGAUUUGGGUCGCUCGUUCCCUACGAGUCGCCGUACGAGGGCAGCCGCCGGGCGUUCUGUGGCGUGUGUGGCGCAAUAGUGUUUUACUAUUCUGGCGGCGGUGAUGGUGGUGGUGGUGAUGGUGGUGGUGGUGGUGGUGGUGGUGGCGAUGUGGACACCGUGCGUGUUGCCGUCGGCAUCCUCCGCGCGCCCGACGGGGUUCUGGCGCUUGACUGGCUGAUGUUCCGCACGGCGAAUGUCGAGACCGGGCUUGCUGGGGGGGGGGGACAACGCGUGCGCGCGUUUGACGGCGUGUUUACCGAGGCGCUGACCCAGGGGCUGCGGGAUUGGGGUUGGGAGACGCACGGGCUGUAUUCCAACUUUGAGACGCCUUGA